AUGAGGGGCAGGUAUUUUGCAUUUUAUUCAGGGCUUUGUGUCCUGCUAACAUCACUGGAAAUUAUUGCCCACAAGAACAGAGAUGUGGAUGAGUGUAGCUCUGGAAAACACCAAUGCCACAACUCUACCCGUUGCAUCAAUGUGAAGGGCAGCUACAGAUGCCACUGUGACCAUGACUGGGUAGCCAGGUCCAAGCCUCUGCAUGGUCUGAAGCUCACCAUCUGUGAAGAAGUCCCCUUCUCCUCAUGGACAUCACCUUCUGGGGUCAGCAGCCAGAGUCUCUCCCACUUCUUUGACAAAGUCCAGCAAUUAUCCCAAGACUUCACGCCAGUCUUGGCCAAGAACACCAUCCAGGACCUCAUGAGGGAAGUAAGUGAGCUGCUGGAGACCCCAGGGGACCUGAAGACCCUGCCUCCCUCAGAGCAACACUGUGUGGCCACUCACCUGCUUGUUAGCCUGGAGGAUGUCCUGAGAGUGCUAAGCAAGUUCCUGCCCAACGGGCCAUUGACUGUUCAUGCUCCUGCAGGCACAGAACUGUCCCUGAAGGUGCAAGAGCAAGGAAUCGGGGAUGUCACCUUGGGCCAGAGCCAUGCAAAGAUGCAUCUGAACUGGGAUGUGGCACAGGAAUUCAGUGACUUUGGCCCUUCUGUGGUGGGCCUUGUCUCCACUCCAGGGAUGGGCAGGUUGCUGGCUGAGGUCCCCCUGGUCCUGGAGCCUAAGAAGCAGGCAGUUCUGCAUGAUGCACACAAGGGCAUGGUGCAAGGAGUCUCCUCUGUCCUGCUUUCAGAUGUCAACUCUGCCUUUAUGAGCAACAGGGACACCCAGAACCUCAGCUCCCCCAUCACCUUCAUCUUUUCCCACCAUUCAGUGACCCCUGGGCCAAGGGAGGAGGUGUUCUGCGUCUUCUGGAAACAUGGUCAGAAUGGGUAUGGUCACUGGUCCACCACAGGCUGCAGGAUGGUGGCCACCAGAGGCACCAGCACCACUUGCCAGUGCACCCACCUCAGCAGCUUUGCCAUCCUCAUGGCCCACUACGAUGUGCAGGAGGAGGAUCCCAUGCUGGCUGUGAUCACCUACCUGGGGCUGGACCUCUCUCUGCUAUGCCUCCUCCUGGCAGCCCUCACCUUCCUGCUGUGCAAAACCAUCCAGAACACCAGCACCUCGAUCCACCUGCAGCUUUCAAUCUGCCUCUUCCUGGCCCACCUGCUCUUCCUCAUGGCCAUUCACCGGACUGAGAUCAAGGUGCUGUGCGCCAUCACUGCGGGUGUCCUACACUAUCUCUACCUGGUAUCCUUCACCUGGAUGCUGCUGGAAGGUCUGCACCUCUUCCUCACUGCACGCAACCUGAUGGUGGUCAACUACUCCAGCGUGAGCAGGGUCAUGAAGAAGCUCAUGUUUCCUGUGGGCUAUGGAGUCCCAGCUAUAAUUGUGGCCAUUUCUGCUGCAUCCAGUCCUCUCCUUUAUGGAACACCCACCCGAUGCUGGCUCCACACAGACAAAGGAUUCAUAUGGACCUUCUUUGGCCCCGUCUGCACCAUUUUCUCCAUUAAUUUGGCUUUCUUUCUGAUGACCUUCUGGAUUGUGAAAACCAAGCUCUCCUCCAACAACAGAGAUGUGUCCACACUCCAGAACACAAGGAUGCUGACAUUUAAAGCCACAGCUCAGCUGCUCAUCUUGGGCUGCACAUGGUGCCUGGGCAUCCUGCAGGUGGGUCCAGCUGCCCAUGUCAUGGCUUACCUCUUCACCAUCAUCAACAGCCUGCAGGGCGUCUUCAUCUUCCUGGUGUACUGCCUCCUCAGCCAGCAGGUCCGGGAACAAUACAAGAAAUGGUUCAAAGAGGUCAGGAAAACCAAAGCCGAGUCAGAGAAGUACAUGCUCUCAAGUGGGACCAUGUUUGAUGCCUCCAAACACAGUUGGCCCCUGAACUCUGCUUACCCUCAAGUUUGA